UUUAGUAAUGUUGCUAUGGAGAACGCCGUCGAAAAUACUUUCCUCGCUUGAAGAACAGUAAUUAUUGCUAUGGCAAAGGUGGCGGCUGAGAUUGUGGAACUGCCACCUUUACCAGGACCCACAAGCGGUCGUUGGGUAUGGCGGGAUGGCGAUGGAGGACGACCAUCAUUAGAAUUCGUUAGUAACAAUGCUAAUGCAGACAGACAGGACAAAAGAAGAAAAGCAAAAGAGCAUGGCAGGGGUAGAGGAGACAGAGUGGCAUCCAGUGUGGCUCGAGGUCAGGGCCAGGGGCGGGGCAGGGGUCAGGCUCGCACCAACACCACAAAGUCGCCACACCCAUCUAAAAAAGACGCAGCAGAAAAUCCAUACAUCACCCUUGAGAAUGUUAAAGUUGUUGCAUUUGAGAGAAUGAUGGAGGCAGAUCAGUGUCUCAUCCCAGAGUCAUUCGACAGUCUACGAGGGACCAAGCAGUUCGACACUUUCCUCAUGUAUCUACUGAGCUACUUCAACUGUUUCUUUGAGAAAAUGAACCAGGAAAACAAAAAGAAUCCAAUGUAUAUAGAGCCUAGCCUGUCUGAGAAGAUGGCCUAUGCAGAUGCUUGUGCGAGACUGGACGUUGCCCAGCGUCUACUGGGUCAAUCUUACUGUGUGCUGGUGUUGGGGCUCGGCCUGGAGGAUCAGCAUCACAUGGGAUGUGGACAGUCUCGAGUUUCCUCCACAUACAAAGAUCGGUCAAUGUUUGAGAGAUUUUAUGUAUAUUGUACAUAUAUUGUUUGGAUCACUUUUCGGAGGAAAGAGUUUGACAUUGUCAAGAAAGAGAUUGGAAGAAUGUUGCGAUCUGACACGUUUAAUCCAGCUAUAAGAGUGAAGUAUGCCCCAGAAGAACCAAAAGAGGAACAGAAGCCAGAGAAGGUGAUCAAGGUGGAAGACCAGAUACAGGCGAGGAUUGAGGAGAAGAAGCUGACUCCAGCAGAGUAUCGACGACUGCAUCCGAGGAGACCAGCCAUCAAAUCAAUCAUUAAUCAACGCUCCCCGGCUGUUGUGUCUAUACUACCGUCACCCAAGGAAGAAGCCCAUUGGCUGUUCAAGAGAACAAGGCCUGUCUCUCCAAACUCACUAGGUCGACAAGGCCAUGACGAAGAGGAUGAGGAGGAAGAGCAAGAAAUGAUACAGUCUCUUACCAUCAACUCAAUGAAGCUGAAGAUUGGAAUCAUUGGGGAAGCUUCUAGUGGAUUCAACAAAGUGACACUGAUGCCUCUGGGUACUGAGAAUGAGGAAGAAGAGGGGGAAGGAGGAGAAGGACAGCAGAAGGAAAUGUCAGAAGAUGCCAGUGGAGACAAGAGCCAAGCUGCAGAUCGAGGAAUGAGUCGACAGCAGACGUCUAUUUCCCAUGUGACAACCGAAGUCAAUGAUGAUGACUAGAUUGGAUGAACUAUGUUCGUCAUCCGCUCAAAGAAGUAACAGUGCAUCGCUGUUGUAUGCUGCAUGUGAAGUUAUACAAGUUCCAGACAGACGUCCGGCCUGAUAUCAGAAGAACAAGGCCAUCAAUAUGGCUGCCCCAUGAUAGUGGUGAUUGUGUCCAUUGAUCUGAGUUGAUAACGAUCAUUAUAUAUUGGUCACAUUCACUUUUAUAGACUAAAUAUAAAAAAAAUCAAUGCAAACAAUGAUCUAUGAAAUAUAAGUACAUAUUUGUCUGGCAUUGAUCAAUAUCGAGUGAUCUGUUUGUGGAGUGAUACAUUAAGCAUGGCAUGGGAAUUAGAACAUGG